CAAUCACAUCAGAGCUAGCCUGUUCCCAACAUAAGGAAAUAGAAGUUGAUGGCUUCCAUUGCUGAGUACUGUCAACAAUAUUGCGUCCUCUUGAACUUCACUAACAGGUUUGACUCGUUGACGUUUACAGAAAGAUAAUAUCGAAAUGAAGCUGCUAUGGCUAUAAAGGGUGUUCCCUCGUGGCCAGUCUUGUUCAAAUCUGAUGGUUAUGAACCCCAAUGCCUCCUCAACUUGCUCUGAGAGCCAGUCUCCUGCAGAUGAAUAUAUGGACGACUGGCUCUUCCUCCCUUGUACCUCAGCUGCAACCCCUUGCCAUGAAGACAAGAGCAGGCAAGACAUGGAGGAAGGAGGCAAACUCAAAUCUAAGUUGGUCUCAGUAUGGAAUAGUGUCAAAUACGGUUGGUCCUUCAAGCAGAAAUCAAAUUUGAGUAAGAGCUCUCCUGUGAUCAUGUUUGGAAAGUCAUAUCAGCUCAGCGAUCAAGGGGAGAACGAGUGUUUCCACUGCUCCUUUGCAGCUCUUCUGUGGUUGACAUACAGACGAGGUUUCCCUCAACUGACGGGCUGCUGUCUGACCACUGAUAGUGGCUGGGGAUGUCUUCUCCGUACAGGGCAGAUGUUGUUUGCGCGAGGCCUGGUUUUACACCUGAUGCCAGAAGGCUUAACAUAUCCUGUGAUCCAUCACAUGUUCAAAGAUGAUAUGGAUCUCCCAGAGAUCCGCACUGAAACCAGAGCAGUGUCUAUACAGAAUUCCAAAGGAGUUAAUAAGAGUGGUCGGAAACUGAGUUUGGGUUCCCUCCUGGACAAAUGCAUGGAGUCCACACACAGAAAGGUUGUAUCAUGGUUUGCAGAUCACCCAUCAGCUCCUUUUGGGAUACAUCAGCUGGUAGAGUUUGGCAAAAGCUUAGGGAAGAAAGCAGGGGACUGGUACGGUCCCUCAAUUGUGGCACAUAUUCUGCGGAAAGCUGCUGAGGCAUCAACUGACCUUCCCAAUCUUGUCAUCUAUGUUGCACAAGAUUGCACCAUCUACAUAGAGGAUGUGAAAGAGUUGUGUAGACGGCGUCUUUCUGGGAUCUCUACUGCAUCUAUUCAGCCCUGGAAAGCUAUCAUCCUCCUGGUGCCUGUGCGACUUGGAGGACAAAAUCUCAAUCCUGCCUAUAUCACCUGUGUCAAGAAACUCUUGAAGUUAAAAUGCUGCAUUGGUAUCAUCGGGGGCAAACCAAAGCACUCUCUCUACUUUGUUGGUUUCCAGGAUGAACAUCUUUUGUACUUGGACCCUCAUUACUGUCAGCCCACAGUGGAUAUAACAAAGGACAACUUUCCUGUAGAGUCAUUUCACUGUAAAUCUCCAAGGAAAAUGCUUUUCUCUCGCAUGGAUCCCAGCUGUACCAUUGGAUUCUAUGCAAAAGGACAAAAGGACUUUGAAAUGCUGCGCAGAGUUGUCGAUGAGGCUGUCUCCACAUCUGCAGAGACAUACCCCAUGUUUAUAUUUGCGGAAGGUCAUAGUCGAGUGGAGGAGGAAAGCAAAAGCCCCACCAACAACAUCACUUAUGUCCAGAGGAAGAGCGAUCUGCGGAGGGUUGACACGAGUAACAGCAUGGAUGAGUUUGUUCUAUUGUGAGCAAACAUCAGAUAUGGUUUGCUGGGGUGUUCAGUGAUCAUCGAGUAGGCAAUCUCACACACAGUGAUUUAAAUAUUGAGUGUGCUUGUCCACACAAGCUAUGGUUUGCGUGCAUACAAUCCUUCACUUUGAACUAUACAAGUAUUUUGUAAAAGAUAUUGGCAUUUCCAAAUUUACACUGAUGCAGGUGUAAUUUAAAAAAAGAAUAGCAACAAAAAAUGUUCGAUGCAGCUUACUGGUAAGUGGCAGUAUUUUGUUUUUAGAUUAGCAGUACACAAAAAAUUUGAUCUCACUGGAGAGCUGUUUGUAGUACAGGCCCGCGGGCUACUCCCGUUGGUCCUUGGGGGCUACCUGGGCGGGCACCAUGUUGGUGACCCCUGCAAUAGAAAAUGGAUGGAUGGCUCUUGAACUGAGUGGUCAUUGGACCAGUGGCACAACACAGCAUCCAUCCCUUGUCCGUACCGCUUUAUCCUCACAAGGGUCGCGGGCCUGCUGGUGCCUAUCCUAGCAAUCUUCGGGCAAGAGGCGGGGUACACCCCGAACUGGUCAAUCGCAGGGCACACAAAAAGAAAAAACAACCAUUCGCACACACAUGCACACCUACAGGCAAUUUAGAGUCUUCAAUCAACCUACCACCCAUGUUUUUGGGAUGUAGGAGGAAACCGGAGUGGCCGGAGAAAACCCACGCUGGCACAGGGAGAACAUGCAAACUCCACACAGGCGGGGCCGGGAUUUGAACCCCGGUCCUCAGAACUGUGAGGCAGAUGUACUAACCAGUCGUGGUUAGUACAUCAGCAGAUAUGCUGCCACAACACAUAAUUUUAUGUCUAUUUUCUAUAUUUCACAAACAUAUUGCUCCAUUGGGCAACAUUUUAUUUUCUCGUAAUGUAUUAAAAAAACAUGAAAUAAGUACUACUGUACUAACAAUAAAAAUAGAUCUGGAAGCGUUACUGCAACAAAUACAGCCUUUCACUGUUUGACAGCAUGUGACUAAAGAUGAGAUGAUAAAGUCUGAUGAACAUGUGACACAUAACUUAAUGUUGCCAAGGAUAUAGCUUAUUAAGUUUCUUCAAUUGUUUUAACUGACCUCAGGAAAAACAUGUACACUCAGUGGUCUACAUACAACCCCAAUUCCAAUGAAGUUGGGAUGUUGUGUUAAACAUAAAUAAAAACAGAAUACAAUGAUUUACAAAUCAUGUUCAACCUAUAUUUAAUUGAAUAACUCUUAAUUUACACAUCUGUGAAGGCACCAUUAAUGCUGAAAGGUACAUACAGGUUUUAGAGAAACAUGUGCUGCCAUCCAAGCAACGUCUUUUUCAUGGACGCCCCUGCUUAUUUCAGCAAGACAAGGCCAACCCACAUUCUGCACGUGUUACAACAUCGUGGCUUCGUAGUAAAAGAGUGCGGGUACUAGACUGGCCUGCCUGUAGUCCAGACCUGUCUCCCAUUGAAAAUGUGUGGCGCAUUAUGAAGCGUAAAAUACGACAAUGGAGACUAUGGACUGUUGAACAGCUGAAGCUGUACAUCAAGCAAGAAUGGGAAAGAAUUCCACCUACAAAGCUUCAACAAUUAGAGUGUCCUCAGUUCCCAAACAUUUAUUGAAUGUUGUUAAAAGAAAAGGUGAUGUAAGUGUGUUCAAGUCCCGGUGAUGUAACACAGUGGUAAACAUGACCCUGUCCCAGCUUUUUUGGAACGUGUUGCAGCCAUAAAAUUCUAAGUUAAUGAUUAUUUGCGAAAAACAAUUAAGUUUACCAUUUUGAACAUUAACUAUCUUGUCUUUGUAAUGUAUUCAAUUAAAUAUAGGUCAAACAUGAUUUGCAAAUCAUUGUAUUCUGUUUUUAUGUUUAACACAAUGUCCCAACUUCAUUGGAAUUGGGGUUGUAAAUUUUGAUUAUAUUACUAUCUGAAUAAAUAAAUGAUUUAAAAAGAAUGUUUAGUGUUGCACUGUACUCUACAAUUUUAUACAAGGAUGAUUAAGAAUAAACUUGAAAAUCUGUGUCUCCUUGCACACCUUUACUUGCUUCUUUUAAUUCCCGAUUCCUGUGAAGGAACUUUGAGGCAAAUGUGAAAAAUACCACCAAAUAAUUUUUGCCGUCAUCCUUUGUCAUAUGGGGAGCAAUUAUUUUGGUGUGUGUGUGUGUGGAUUGGGGGAGUCAGACAUGACUCCAGUGUUCGUGGGAGACUCAUGCUUGGUUGGGAGGUUUUGGGAAGCAUCAGUUCGGUCUGUGAUUGUGAUGACGGUCUGUAAUAAGCAAUACUAAAUAAACUAAUAACGACAGAAAAAACAA